GCGGCUCUCCACAUCGAGGCUGUGAAGUGUCGGAAGUUUGUCGGAGUGAGGCCGAGCGGAGGACGCGGCGAGCGGACCAAAGAGUGUUUAAAAGGCGGAAAAAGUGCGUGAGGACGUGCGGUGGGAGUCCGCAGAGCAGCCCGAAGGCCCGUCGAUGGAUUUGGGCUGCUUCCCGCUGGUUGAUCGGCACGGACAGCGGCGUUAGCGGCGGCUGGAAGAAGUUGUAAUUGUUUUUUGGCGCUCAGCGGCGGAGAGGAAAGAUGGAGGAUCUGCGGCUGUAGCCGCGGCUAACGCUAGGUACCCCAGCGUCUUCUCGGCCCCAAUCCGAACUUCCGUGCGGCCCCCGAGGGCGUCCCGCAGGUUUGGAUGCUCCGAUCGGACACGGUGAAGGAGCCUCAGCUGCUGUUCCUGUUUGACCCCUGACGGCUCUGAGGAUGGAAGCAGGGCUACUGGAGGCAGGAUCUAGACAUCAGAUGGUGCUCUGAAGAAGCCAUGGGUAGCUGCCUAAGCUGUCCAGAGAAAGAGUCGAUUCCAGAUAAUCAUCAGAGUAAAUUUAAGGUGAUCAAUGUGGACGACGAUGGGAACGAGCUGGGCUCAGGCGUGAUGGAGCUCACCGACGCCGAGCUCGUCCUCCACACCCAUCGCCGUGAUGACGUCAGGUGGCCUUACCUGUGCCUGCGCCGCUAUGGCUACGACUCUAACUUGUUCUCGUUCGAGAGCGGCCGCCGCUGCCAGACGGGCCAAGGUAUCUUUGCCUUUAAGUGUUCUCGUGCUGAGGAGAUCUUCAAUAUGCUGCAGGAGGUGAUGCACAGCCACAGCAUCAGCGUAGUGGAGGAAGCUGUACUCGAACCCAGCCACCAGGCGGCGCUCACACCUGCAGCUCUGGGGUACUCUGUGCCAUCUGUGCCGAAUGGGGUCACCCGGAUCCCCUCUGUGGGAGAGGCUCCGUCUCACCCCUCCAGCCGUCACCCAUCUGUGGCGAGCACCCGACUGCCGUCGGUAGGGGAGGAGUCCACGCACCCUCUGCUGGUGGCUGACGAAGCGGUGCACACCUAUGUGAACACCACAGGUCUCCUGGAGGAGCAGCCGAGCCCGCUGACCGUCACCACCCCGCUGGAGAGCCCCACCUCUCCGCAGUCCCAGUGUCCGCCAACACCUCCGCCACCUCCGAGGAUCCGCGGGGAGCCGGCGGCGCCGCCCACCCCAGCAGAGCCUCAGGUGCUGCUGGAGCCUCAGGGCGUACGUUUCGUGCUGGGCCCCACCCCUGUUCAGAGGCAGCUGAUGGAGCGGCGGCAGAAGGAGCUGAAGGAUGCCGCCGAGCCCCAAGAGACUAACGGCCACGGCGAGGUCCCUGCCGAGCCCGAACCUGCUCCCCCUCACUCCAACGGCUCCUCAGCUCUCGCCGCCACCGCCCGCCCCCCCCUCACCCCCGACCUGCAGAAUGUCAACAACUCGGCCCAGCGGCGCACGGCCCUGUUGGACUACGAGAACCUUCCGGCGCUGCCGCCCGUGUGGGAGGCGAGGAAGCCGAGCACCGAGGACGAGGAGAAGAGCUGCGGCGGCCCCAAGACGCCGUCGCUCAAUGGCUACAACCACCACGCCCACCACCACCUGCACCACUCCUACUCCCACCCACUGUCCGCCGCGCUGGAGCCCUCGCACAACUACGUCAACACAGAGAACGUGACGGCGCCGCUCAGCGCCCACCGGCCCGACACAGCCCGCCGCCGCACAGACGGACCCACCAUCUUCAACUUCGACUUCCGCCGGCCGCUGCGGGCGGGCCACGCCGAGCCGCCCAAGACGCUCAACUACAUUGAGGUGGAGAUGGACGGCAGCGCCGGGAACAAAGGCGUCUCGGACGGCAGCAACCCCCACACACCGCGUACCCCCUCCUCCCCGAUGCCCCCCACCACCCCCACUCGCCGCACCGAACUCUAUGCCCUCAUCGACAUCGAGCGCACCGCCGCCAUGUCCAACCUACAGAAGGCGCGGCCGCGGGACGACGGCACGUCACGCAAGACGAGGCACAACAGCACGGAGCUGCCCACCAAGAGCACAGUGUGACUUCCUGUUCUUACUUGGGGUUCCACGCCGAGCUGCACACGGACUCCACGAGCCGGAGACUUCCUGCAGACAAACUGAUGAUGUAAUACCUCUGCUGGAGGCGGCGUGCUGAUGAUGUAAUAGACUUCCUUAUAUGGUACAAAUCAGUAUUACUGAACAAAGCAUUCCAUUUAGCCUUUUAUACGAGUCACUACGUGCUGCUGUAAGUCACUUAUGUUCUACAUGUACAGUAGAUGUGCCACAAUAAAAGUCUGGUUUUAUUUCUAUUGCA